GUGCGUUCAUUACGCCCUUCUCUGCUAUCUCUGCUAUCUCUGCUAUCGGCCCGGCAGCCCGGGCGAUCAGUCUCCAGCGCCUCUCUCUCUCUCUCUCUCUCUCUCUUGGUUGGAGUUGUGAAACUCCAGAGCUCGGUGGUGUAGAGAAAGGACUUGUACUCAUAGAGUGUGCGGCAGAGAGAUUACGUGACAGAGUGGUGGUAAGGAGUGUGCGGCAGAGAGACUGUGUGACAGAGUGGUGGUAAGGAGUGUGCGGCAGUGAGAUGGUGCGACAGUGGUGGUAAGGAGUGUGCCUCUCUCUUUCUCUCUCUCUCUCUCUCUCUCUCUCUCUCUCUCUCUCUCUCUCUCUCUCUCUCUCUCUUGGUGGAGUUGGGAAACUACGGGACUCGGUGGUGUGGAGAAAAAGACCCGCAGUGUAGAGAGUGAGGCCGAGAGAUUGUGUGACGGAGGGGUGGUGGUAAGGAGUCAUCGGCAGUGCGGAGGGAACAGGGAGUGUGGGAUUCGGUGCGGAACUAUAGUACGCAUUUAUAUCCGCACAGGUGGACAUCGAGUAUACCUGGGCGCGGUGAUCGAGUGGCCACGUGGCAGCCUGAGGACGAAGGAAGUAAGAUGGUUUCUUCAGGGGAGCUCACCUCUCUAAUGGAGGCUGCGGGAGGUCUCGGCUCUUCUCUCAAGAUCUUAGUGCUUGGCACCACUGGCGUAGGGAAGAGUCUCGUCAUCGAUACUCUGCUUGGGCGAAAAGCCUCUAAAUCCAGUCGCCGUGGUCGUUUCCAGUUGCAGGAGUUUCAGCAAGCUGUGUCUGGAAGACAGCUUCAUGUUUUGGAAGCAUCGGGUAUGUCCAAGCCAGGAGAUCUGGAGGAAGUGAGGAGGCAGCUGAUCAAAAGACAGCUGGCCGUUGAUGUCAUCAUCUAUGUGGACCGGGCCGGAGUUCCAGAUAGCUCCAGCCUCAAUCUCCUGCAGUUGGCUGGGGACAAGUUCGGUGGAGGAAUGUGGGGGGUGACACUGUUUGCCCUUACCUACAGUGGGGCCCUGGAACCGGAGGUGGUGGUCCCAGAUGUGGACCAGCUGAUUGCAGAUUGGACUGCAGGGAUGGAAAGAGCACUGAGGGGAGAAGAGAGGAAGCAUGUUCUUUCCCUGCCGGAGGUGGUCAGUUUGAGGGUGGGGGGCGGGAACGACCUCUUCGAGGUCGAUCGCGCUUCUAUUUUUGGAGCUGUGGAGCGGGUUGUCCGGAACGGAAGUGUCUUUGUGCCAGAUUCGCAGGAUCGGCGCGCGUCGCGGCGAUCCUCCGGUUUGAUCGAACUUGGAAAUCUUAUGGAUAACAAUGUAGUUAGAGCAGAGAGGAUCUUGUUGUCGGGCCGGCGGCAAGAGUCUGCCAGGCCGCAGCCGAAGCCGGCACUGCGCGAGGAUGGCGGCGCUGCGUUGCAUGGAGGGAAGAAGAAAGAGAGAGAUGUGUGUGUGGAGGAGAGUGGUGGCUGUGUUGAACAGCAGAAUGCAGGUCGUCCUCUGGAGGAGCACAGGAUGCUUGCGGCACGGCCACAGAUUGCAGCUGCUGCAUCCUUGUCGUUGGCGCUGCAGGCUGCUACGAUGGCGGUCACGCCGCUCGUGUCGAAGUCCCUCGCCGAGCUCUCUGCUGGUGGCCGUGGAAGGCAAUCGUCAUCAGUCAGCCCUGCCACUGCCAACAAGCAGCCGUCCAUUGCACUGUACCGCCAGUCCCGGCAGGAGGAGGAAGGAGGGGCCCUUGCACAGAGCGCGGGGGAGGAGGUGUCGAAGACGCGUGGUGCAUCUGCACUGAUGGCGAGUCUUGCUCCUGUCCAGGCGCCGGCUAUGGUGUUGGGUGUGCCGUCUGGGGCGCAGAGCAAGGUCCUGCCAGCGCCUGCAAAGAAGGCGUCUUCAGGUGCUGCCUUGGGUGCUGCAGCCGCUGGCCUUAACUUGUCUGUGACCGCCGGAAUGACCUCUGGGAGCUCUACCGACCGCAGCAGAGCGGGGCGGUUAUCGGCAUUCCCUGACUUUCAGAGACUGCCUUCGACGGGCAGAGGCUCUACGGACCCCAAAGGUGCCCCAGGUGCUCGAAAAGCAUCGCUUGUCUGGUUCCGAAAUGACCUCCGAGUCCACGACAACGAGGCCUUGUUGAAGGCCAACAACGAGUCCUUGUCGAUUCUCUGUGUGUACUGCUUCGACCCACGCGAUUAUGGCAAGUCCUCCUCCGGUUUUGACAAGACGGGGCCUUAUCGGGCCAAAUUCUUGCUGGAGUGCGUUGCCGACCUUCGGAAGAACCUCAGGGCGAAGGGAAACGAUCUAGUCGUGCGAAUCGGGAAGCCCGAAGAGGUGAUUGGAAAGCUCGCAAGAGAGGUAGGAGCAGAGGCGGUGUAUGCACACCAAGAGGUGACCCAUGAGGAGCUAGAGAUGGAGGAGAGGGUGGCCGCAACGCUGAAGGAGGAGGGCAUCGAGACUAAGUACUCCUGGGGAAGCACCCUUUACCAUCUGGAAGACUUGCCGUUCAAGCUCGAGGACAUGCCGUCCAAUUAUGGAGGCUUCCGGGAGAAGGUGCAGAAUCUGCGCGUCAGAGCGACUGCACAAGCGCCGGACUCCCUCCGGCCAUUGCCGGCCCGAGGUGGCGUCAAGGUGGGAGAGAUCCCAACUUUGCAAGAGCUUGGCCUCAAUGUCGGCAGUACUGGUAACUCGCGUCAGGAUCGCAAGGGGGCUGGCGCGCAAUUUGAAUUGAUUGGGGGAGAGACAGAGGCAAUGAGCAGGCUGAAGACAUUCGUUGCCGAGGCUAAUGGGCGCAGAAAGGCGUCGGCAAAUGGAGAGAAACUGUACGGUGCCAACUUCUCCUGCAAGAUUUCGCCGUGGUUGGCGAUGGGAUGCCUCUCGCCGAGAAAGAUGUACGAGGACCUGAAGAAUACGAAAGGCGCUGCGGCGAGGGGAAUCAGUUCGGAUGGUGCGUGGUCGACAGAUGAAUCCAACGGCUUGAAUUGGCUGGUCUUCGAGCUUCUGUGGAGAGACUUUUUCAGGUUCAUCACUAAGAAGUACGGCUCGCACAGAAAAGACCAGGAGUUGAGUCCCGCUAUGGCGUCAUCGGGGGCGGCACUGGCUUGCGCUUAAGAGUUAAGAAAUGCGGGCGGUUGAAUGGGUUUUUUGGAAGGCCUUCUUCUGUGAUUAGAUCUGGCCAAUCAUGGUCAUCGAUUUGGUCAAUGUGGGUCAAACUGAGGGCCUAGAUUGACCAUUGAUUUGGUCAAUCUGGGCCCCAAUUGAUGGCCCAAAAUUGACCGUUGAUUUGGUCAAUAUCAGCCAAUUGAGAGCCCAGAUUGACCAUUGAUUUGGUCAAUGUUGGCCAAUCAUGGCCCAUCGAUUUGGUCGAUCUAGCCAAUCAUGGGGAUUGAUUUGGUAAAUCUAGCCCAAUCACGGCCCUUGAUGUGGUCAAUCCAGGCAAUCAUGGCCAUCGAUUUGGUCAAUUUGGGCCAAUUGAGGACCCAGACUGUCGUGGCCAUUGAUUUGGUCAAUGUGGGCCAAUUGACGGCCCUAAACCCUAAACCAUUAAUUUGGUAAAUCUGAGCCAAUCACUAGGAAUGACUGUAUUUUUGUAGUAUUUUAGUGUUUUCUGAAGCUGUGAUUUUUUGGAUUAAUGAUUGGUUGCUGCUGCUUCUGUGUGCUUUAGUCUUUUUUUUUUUUUUUUUUCUGAAAUUGUCUUUGUUGUAGUUCCUUUCUCAUGCAGCAUCAUUCUAAUCAUGGUGUUGUUUUUUAUUUUUUACUCCUUUUUAAAGUUUUGAUAAAUAUUUUUUUGGUGU